AUGCCCAAUCAUGAUGUCCUCAUGGCCGUCAGCCCCCUCUCGGUAAGGAUCGCCAGUGAAUCCCAUGACCAAGGUGUGGCCGAAGGCGCGGGCAAGGGCCGCGGCCCCGCGGAGCAGGACUGGGCCGGCCGGCCCAAGACCGUGCGCGACACGCUGCUGGCGCUGCACCAGCACAGCCACGCGGCGCCCUUCGACGGCAAGUUCAAGAAGGAGCCGGCCCUAGCCGCAGGCAGGUUGCUGGGGUUCGAGGCCAACGGGGCCAGCGGGGCCAAAGCAGUUGCGAGAACGGCUAGGAAAAGGAAGGCCUCCCCGGAGCCCGAAGGCGAAGUCGGCCCCCCUAAGAUGAACGGCGAGGCCCAGCCCUGGCUGCCCGCGCCCGCCGAGGGGCUCAAGAUCCCCGGGACCCCGGCAUCCUCUUUUGUGUCUCCGCCGCCACCCACCGCCUCUCCUCAUUCCAACCGGACCACGCCGCCGGAAGCGGCCCAGAAUGGCCAGUCCCCCAUGGCAGCUCUGAUCUUAGUGGCAGACAAUGCAGGGGGCAACCAUGCCUCGAAAGAUGCCAACCCGGUGCACUCCACCACCAGGAGGAACAGCACCAGCCCCCCCUCGCCGUCCUCUAUGAACCAAAGAAGGCUAGGUCCCCGGGAGGUCGGGGGUCAAGGCACCGGGGGACUGGAGCCCGUGCACCCCACCAGCCUUCCGGACUCCUCCCUGGCAGCCAGCGCCCCCCUGUGCUGCACCCUUUGCCACGAGCGGCUAGAAGACACCCACUUCGUGCAGUGCCCCUCCGUCCCUUCGCACAAGUUCUGCUUCCCCUGCUCCAGACAGAGCAUCAAGCAGCAGGGAGCCAGCGGAGAGGUCUAUUGUCCCAGCGGGGAGAAAUGCCCGCUGGUGGGCUCGAACGUCCCCUGGGCCUUCAUGCAGGGUGAGAUCGCCACCAUCCUGGCCGGAGACGUGAAAGUGAAGAAGGAGAGGGACUCGUGACUUUCCCUGCUCCAUAGGCGCGAUGGCUGCACCCGGCUCAGACUGCUUGAACUGUAUAUAUCUCUCCAUACAUAUAUAAAUAUAUAUAAAUAUAUAUAUAUAUAUCCAAGACAAGGGAAGUGUAGACUUCAUAAACAUGGCUGUAUAAUUUUGAUUUUUUUUGAAUACAUGUGUUUCUAUAUUUUUUUGACGACAAAAGGUAUGUACUUCUAAAGGCAUUUUCUUCUUUUGUUAACGUUAUUGGCAGAUCUUUUUGCUUUAUUUUCCUGGUGACAGUUACCUUCUGCGUAGGCUGUGACUUGGCUGCUUUUUUUUUUAAGAGCACUUGACAAGCAGAUGCUUCUAGCUGUAUUUGUAUGCACUUAUUUUAAAGAGAAAAAAAAAGCCAAAUACAUUUUCUGACAUUGUAAGAUUGCCUUACUGUCUGUUAUUCCUUACUGCUAGCCCCUUUCCCGGGCCAGAGGUCCCGGAUGGGGAAGGAAAGGAAUGUGUGGACUCCCAGCACAUGGCCCUGGGAGCUGGCACCGGGUGUACCCCACCCCAGAACACGGGGUUUAUCGAACUUCUGUUUUUUUCGUGAAACUCAGUGCUUGGAAAAUUGGCUGAGAGGUGCUGCUCAGAGUUUUUCAGGACUGUGUGGCUUUGGGGGGGAGAUGUUUUGUUUUGUUUUUUUCAAGGCAAAGUUGAGGGUUGUUCACUGUCCACGUGACCGGUUGUAAGAAUCCAGGGCUGUAUGCUAGUGGUUGCAUAAUGCACGGCUCUCGCCACGGAAGCAGUUACAAGGGCUGUUGUGUGUGCAAGAUGGCACAGCCCCUGAGCAGAGCCUGGCUCUGCAGCGCCCCUCUGUCCAUCUGUCUGUCUUUAAACACCCCGGAAUUCUGUUGUGUUGUUUCCUGUGAAAGUCUCAAGGGAUGUUGCAGUCCAGGUGAACUUGGAGAUGAGGGAGUGUGUGUGUGUGUGUGUGUGUGUGUGUGUGUGUGUGUGUGUGUGUGAAAUCAUUUACCUGUAGUAUUCUCGAGGCUGUCACCUGCCCCUUCUCUAGGGAGUGUUAGGCACAGAGUGGUACUUUGACAGUAACAGGGCUACCUGGAGGACCUGUGGGUACCAGUGAUGGCCAAUAUGGGCCGGGGAAACCUGAUGUUUCCUUCCAAUGUGCUUGAAGUACCGAGUGAAUAAUACCUUUGGGAGAAGGGGAGAUCAACUGCUGAGGACUAAAGAACUCAAAGGUUUUAUAUUAUGAACAGGCCCCACCUCAAACCAUUUUUAGAACCCUUUUGUAAACUUACCUUUAGAAUCAUUAUUUGCAUUGGUGAAAUGACUUUUUUAAACCAAUAAAUCAGUUAUUAGAAAUAGUUGUCUCACAGUGAUACUGGUUUUUCUUUGGUGUUGUUAGGACUUAACCAUCAACAAGAAUGCUGUCUUAAUCCGUACAUUCAGGUCUUUGUAACUUGGCCUUAUAAUUAGGCCGGAUCAUGGCUUUGAUGUCUACUGUGAUUUGUGUGUCUUGUUCACAGCCUAGCAUUGGUUUUAAUUUGAAAAUAUAGAUGAUUGCCAACUUUGGAUUCUUUCUAAUUAUGUGGUGUUUUUUUUUAUUGCUCAAAGUGUUUUUUAGUGGUCAAGUUACUAACACUUGAAAAUCAGAUACUGCACCAAAUUAGUCGAUUUUCAUGGUCUUUUAUGGUGUGAGUGCACCACCUUGUAUCUCUGUUGGAGUAGUCAAGUGAUGGCCGACCUGCAUGAUUAUAUCCAGUUUGCUGUUAGGUUUUUGAAUUGGAGUGUGUAUGACUCAGAUCAGAUUGAUCUCUCUGAAUGUGCACUUGCAAAGGGCACGCCCGUGGAGAUCUGUGAAGAGCUCGGCUUUUCUGGUCUGUUGUACCCUUGUGUUUCUAGGCACUUUAUUAUAAACUGGAGUUUGACCUCAUAGAUUUUACAGCUCCGUCAGUCAGUCUGUUUGACCUAAUUUGUGGUGGCUAUCUGUAUCUUUUGCAAUCUUGAACCACAAUAAACUCUUCAAAAAGAUUACUAAAGAACCAACCACCCUGCCGCUGAACUGAAAAGCUGUGGGAAGGACCAACCAGUGGUUUCUCUGAGCUAGUGGGGGGAGGGGCAGACUUUGAAUGGCUUUAAAGGGCUGGAUCUAAGAUCUGGAAGACUGAGUGCCCCUGGGGUGGCUUUGGGGGAGGGAGGCUCAUGGCAGGAGAUAUCCACCCAGCUUUUUCCAGACUUGCUCUUAGGUUUCAAGUUCACCUUGGAGCCUGGUGCACUCUUCUGCUUUACUUGAUGACAGAUGAGAGAUUGCCCACAGCUGGAGAGAAAUGUCAAAAGCAACUUACUGUAAGGGGGGGAGGGCAGUUAUCAGAUUUCAAAUCCUACUGUUUCGCUGUGCUCAAUACUCAGAAUUCUGGGGAUGGGGUGUUAAAGCUUUCCCCUCUUUUGCUUUAACAGUUUGCAGAAUUUACCAGAUGCGCUGUCUUUCAUGCAGCCUCACUGUUACAGUUAGAAACACACGUGGCUUACAACUUUUACUGUAUACCUUUUCUUGACCACCAGGUGUUUUAAAAGUGUGCCACCUUUUAACCUUUACUUUCUUUUUAAAUUGAAGGUGAUAGUUUUUUUCUAUAUAUGAUGAAUCUCGUGUCAGCUGACGUACAUGUAAUCCCAGAUACCCACAUUAUUAUAUUUUAAAAAUCACGCUAUGGAAAUAUCACCUGCAUUCUGUCAUUUGUCAGAUUUACAGUACUUUUUUUUUAAUUUUUAGCAUUAAAAAUUAAAUAAAAAUAAAAUUGGGAGCACUGAAAAUUUU